GUCUCUCAUUGUUCUGUUGAUGCACACAUCGUGUAUAUCAGGGGACAAGAUCCAUUGGGUAUUUGUGUUAUUUAAAGUCCAAACUGUAUCAUCCUCGCCAGUAAAGAUGCCACGUAUAUUUUACAUACCCCUUGACGACUUUGAACCAUUACCGAAAUGGAUGAAAGACUGUCAACUUGGAAAGUCGAGGAAAGUGGGUGGCGGUGAAGGAGAGUCAGAGAGAAUUAUGAAGAAAGGGAGAGAACGAAAGACAAGAGGAAGUAGGAAAGAGAUGGACAGAAUGACGAGGUAUGAGGAGAGCAUGAAGAGGAAGGAGAAAAUGGUGAAGGACGAUAGAAGGAAGAUCAUGAUGGCAGCUGUUCCAGAGAAAACACGGGUAUCUUUAAAUGAAGCAAGAAAAAAUGGACAGAGAGCACCUAAGAAUGAUAAUGUGAUCAGAGAUGCAGGAAAGAGGUGGCAGCUAGGAGAUGGAUUAAAACUGGCUGCGGGGAAAGAGGCAGACUACAGUGGAAGGUCAAAGUCCGUGAAGAAAAAUCUAAGCAGACGACAUAGAGAUACAAGAAAGGAGAGAGUUGUUGUCGAGGUGGAGCGAAUUAGCGGCAAUGAGAAGGUGAAGGAGUGGAUGGAUAAAGUCCAUGAGGCGAAUAUGAUGGCAACUAGUGUGCAGGUUAGCUCGGAAACUUUCUGUAACCACAAGGACAGAAAUGUCGAUCUAUUUGACAGCGUGUCUCCAUGGCCGAUCUCACGAUAUUGCAUAGACGAUUCUGACUUCAAGUUAAAUGUCCAUGCUCGUUGCUGCACCAGCGACCCCACAUACGCCCACGGCUUUGGUCAGCAGCCUGUCGAUCUUCUGUACUGCCUGUUUGGUCGCCCAGCACCGGACACCGAGGACAUCAAUGACCACUCGGAUGACCAAGAUGAUAAACAGAUGACCCCUGGAGUGAAAUGUCAGAAAACUGAAUCUUUCUGGAAUCGAUUUUCCGAGGUUCUUCAUAGAAUUGCGAACACCAUACGCACCAUGUGAACACCGUGCUUGUUGUCAACAUGUGUAAACCAAACAAACCUUAGACCGCUUUUUAGAAUGUGUUUUAGGCAUAUGUCCAUUUAAAACAUAUUGCUGAAAUUAACUCCAUUAUUUAUUUAUUAGCUGUAUACAUAAAACCUUUUUUCGUCAAUAUAAUACAUUU